AUGCCACCCAAAUUAAAUCAAAUUCAUGUCAGCAAUAUUUAGAGUUUAGCCAAAAAUUAUGAAGUAGAAAAGCUUCUUUAAACUAUUGGUCCAUUAGUAGAAUGGAAUCCUAAGUAUAACAUUUUUAUUUUAUUCAGGCGCGAAGGAGAAGUUAAAUUUUCAUGUACUGCUGAAUAUUAUGAUGAAUUUACAGCAACUUUAGCUGUUGAAACUUUAAAUGGAUACAAAUUCUAAGGAAGAGAAUUAAAAGUUAAAUUACAUGGCAGUCUAACUUCCUUAAAAAUAUGUAUGAUUAUUAUUUGUUAUAUGUUUUUUAUUACAGUACCAUAUGCUAUUGAGAAAGUGAAUUUUAAAACAUCAAGUACCUAUAAUUUGAGUAUGCCUUUGGAUGAAUUUUAUGGGAGUCUCACUACUAAAUAGAAACUUGCAAUUUUCAUAGAUUUAAAAUAAACAUUUUAGAACAAAGAAGAAUUAUUAGAAAAAUUACUAAUGGAAAACUAAAAGAUGGCAGAUUUUAUUUUCAAAAUAUAACAAGAUGUUUUGAAGGGCUUUAAAGCAAGUAAAUUUAAAUAUUGACAUACAAGAUUACAAUAACGAUGAAUUUCACUAAAAUUCUUAUUAACAAUUUCAAGUAAAUUUGAUCUUAUUCUUAGAAUCAUCACAGAUACCCAUGAUAUAUUGAAAAAACUUUAUUUGUUGGAUAACAUUCAUUUUUUUAAUAAUACAACAACCAAAAAUAGGCAGGAAUGAUGUGUGUAUUAAAAAU